AUGCCCCUCAUCCCUGACGAUUCGAGCCCUGUGUCGCACCAUAGCUUUUCCACUCCACCAGAACGCCUUGUGACGAGAAGCACCCCCUCUUCCACCGUGCACAGCCGAGAGACAUCCACUGUCAGAGGAGGAGCCGACCUAUCCGCCUUAGCCCCUUCAUCCUUACAACAACAACACCACCAGCAUAACCGUCGCGGCAAUUCUCACUCCAAAAGCCCCGAACCGCCUGCUGGAAGACCGGGGCUUGGGUACGAUGUCGGACUGGAACGAAGGCCCUCCAACUCGUAUGGUCACCAUCGCAAUACCUCCAUUGUCCAUGGAAUCCAACACUCCCGAAACCCCAGCUUCGCCGCCUCAACCUCUUCUACGAGCCCGCUAAGUCCGGAAUUGAUCGCGUCGCUCGGUCGUGGCGGGGCCGCUGAGCAGGAAGGCACCGGGACGGGGCGGAUGGAGCAACACGAUAUGCAUUCGAACUUCCAGGGCCAAGGGUCCAAUGGCGCAAGUCACAGCUUGCAGGGAACACUGAGCACAAUAGAGGAUCGGGACAUGGACGACGUCGCUGAUGGGAGCCCCGCGAAUGCCGCCCACCGACGCAUGAACUCCAACGGGAAGCCAUGGCAGGAGCGCUCUCAUAGCCGCUCGCACUCGAGGCAUCAUUAUGGAUCGGAGUCGAAGACGGUCGGUGAGUACGCCUUACAUCAUCUCUUCAAUUCCGACAAGUUUGUUGGUCAAGCGGACAACAAGAUCAAUCAAGCCAUAAUGAAGCUGGGCGAGUCGGAAGCGCCCGUCGAAGAGGUAUGCGGACCGGGCGUCGAUUCCGAUUUCGAUCAAUUGAUCUCCGCUUUGGGCCAUAUCGCACGCCAGAAGCCCAAGCCUUUGAUCGACACCAUAAUGCUGUGGCGAAAGGCGAAAGGCGAUGCUGCCAUCGUGGCUAAGCAGGCAGCCGGUCAAGCAAAGCCUCCUCUUACCUCUGAGAACGGACAACUCAUACGCCGCAACACGGAGCCGCCCCAAAUCAUCGCCGAGUCAGCCACAACAGGCGACUCUACAUCCACUUCGACUACCCUGUAUUCCCGACACGACGAUGUGAUACUGACUGAGCGGCGUGCGACGGUGUCUGUGUACCUUGUUUGCAGAGUCCUGAUUGAGAUCUUCAAUCAGAGUAGUCUCGCGUCCAUCACACUGGAUAUGGCAGAUCGUUUGGAGGAUAUCGUGUUCGGUCAGCUCAGGACGGUAGACCCGGAGCAGAUUUCGGCUUCUCCCCUGCGCAUGGCGAAUUGGAGGAUAUAUUCUCAGGUGCUGGGCAUCAUGAGUGAGAACAACUUCACAAGCGUUACAGCUCGGUUCCUGGCCGAGUUGGAGAAGGUCCAAAAGGACGAAACACUCCGAGGACCUUCCAAGGAUGGAGAUGCCAAAGCCGAGCUCCUGAUCCUGGGGAUGAGGCACAUUCGUGUUAGAACGCACCCCGACACGUGGAGCAAAUCGUGUGACUUUAUGCGUUCACUGGCCCGUUUAUUCGCUAAUGCUCACGGGCAACGCGUUAAACAGGCGUAUUGCUACCUCUUUGAAAAGUUGCUGCUGCCUGUGGCUACGUGCUCCAACUGCGAUUUAAGCCUGCCCAAGUGGAAGGAUUUCUUGGAGUUGGUACAGUCACGUCUGACACCAAUGCUAACCAAGCCUCGCCAUUGGGGUUUGGCUUUCCCCCUUCACGUGUUGCUCCUGUGCGUUUCAACAAAGGAUAGUUUCUCUCCGCAGUGGCUUUCCUUAAUCCAGACUCUACCGCCGAGACUGAAAGACCGCCCUACAAGAGGCCCGGCCCUUCAAGCGAUGUGUCGCUUGUUAUGGACGUACUUCUUCCGCUACUCAGAAUCGCCGACGGCCACUCUCCGUAAAGUUGAUGAGGUUUCCAGGAUAGCACUCCCUGCCGGGAAAAGAACGUACCUCAGCACUGAUUCAGCGGUUGCGGACCCCCUGAUCCAACUCGUCCGGAUGAUCGGGUUCAAGCACCCGGACGUCUGUUUCCGCAACAUCGUCUUUCCACUCAUCAAUUCAGAUCUUUUCCUCUCCGGAAAGGAACUCAAGAUCGAACAAAUGGAACCGGAAAAGAUGGUAAUUGGCAUCAGAUCUUUCCUCGCGAUUAUGACAGACCUUGAGAAUUGCGAUCAGUUAUGCCCACCUUUCCCAACGCCAUCGAUCCCUAACCCCUUUACCGACAUCUCUGUCUCGGCUUAUCCCCACCGACCUCAAUAUCUUGCGGACCCGCGGCUGCCGAACCUCAAGGGAAGCCAGGAGCAUGCCUUCACCCGUCCUGUCAAUACCUCGAGACUAAGUGACAACGUUAAGGAGUACUAUAUCCGCUUUUGUGACAUCCUGGGUAAGAUCACACUUCUGUGCGACAAUACAUUUGGAGGCCAGGCGGCUCUGGAUGAAAAGUUUGGCGGCACAACCCCCAAAACCCCGAUCUCCGAGGCGUUUAGCUUUGGGAGACGAGAUGAUCAUUCUAGCACUCCAGAUCAGAGACAGGGCUUUUACGAUCUACUUCAUGUCGCCGUCCAAGCACUCCCCCGUUGUCUCUCUGACCGCAUUCCAUUCAAUUCUCUCAUCAAUCUUCUCUGUACUGGGACAGCUCAUGUUCAGACAAACAUAGCGUCUUCAUCUGCUGAGUCCUUAAAGGCGAUUGCGCGGCAAUCUCAUGCGCAACAGGUCACAAUUGGCUUCGCGAGAUUUAUCUUUAACUUUGAUGCAAGGUAUUCUACUAUGUCAGACGAAGGCAUGCUUGGACCAGGUCACAUUGAGUCCACUCUGCGGUUGUAUGUUGAGUUGCUGAGAAUCUGGAUUGAAGAAAUCAAGCAGAAGACCAAGGGAGCGGCUGCAGAUUCCGGGGAUAAGACUGGCUCUGGCAGUCGGGCUCUGCAGCUAGAUCUCUCGAGUGUUCUUGCUCAAGUCGAGGAAGUUGAAUCUCACGGUCUGUUUUUCCUUUGCUCGCAGUCUCGAAGAGUCCGCGCUUUCGCCAUCACAGUGCUUCGUCUUAUCACAGAGUUUGAUAGUGCAUUGGGCAAAGAAAACACGCGAAUUAUUCGGAUCCUGGAAGCUGAUUCGCAGCUAAUUUUGGAUGUCAACGAUGAGCAGCUAACUGUGGCCGAAAGGAGUCGGAUCCAAAAGGGCAAGCGAAGGAGUGCUUCUCAAAAUACUCUUAUCGAACUCUGUAGCAGUGAGGUUUCGUACGACUCUACAUUGUGGUCAAAAGUUUUCCCGAACAUCAUCCGAAUCAGCUUUGAAACUUGUCCUUUUGCCGUGACUCUGGGACGUGAGAUCGUGUGUGCGAGGCUUGUGCUCAUGCAUAAGACCAUUACUCUACUUGCUGAAAGCCCCCAGCAUCCUCAGUAUGGCCCCAUGGAUACCGUCCAAGCUCGCUCGCUCGGCAGAAGCAACACGACCGCGGAAAUUCUCGUGGAACAGUGGAAAUUAUACCUGGUCAUGGCUUGUACCACCCUGAACAGUGUUGGCGCACAAUCGCAGAGCCAGCUUGCAAAUGCGCACCACGCGCGGAAAGGUUCGAAAGGUGCACAACAAUCUCAGAAUAAGAUCAGCUCCGCUAGAAGCCUUUUUGCUUUUGUCAUCCCGUUACUAUCGGCUGAGCGAGCUUCUAUCCGACAUGCCAUAGUGAUCGCCCUGGGAUCUAUCAACAAGAACCUGUACCGUACUCUUCUUGAGUCUUUGCAGUACGCCGUAACAACAUGCAACGAGGAAGCCAAGGUCCGAAUUGGAACUCAUUACCGAUCGCCGAGCAGCCCUAGGCGGAAUCGUAGAACAGAUCGGCUGCGAACGGAGGUCACUCAUGUGUAUAAGCUGACGUCGCAUUUUUUGAAAGAACCUGAGGUCUACAACGAAGACUGGAUUGUGAACAACCUGGUCACUUACGCAAAAGAUCUACGAAUAUUCCUGAGCGAUGCUGAAGUACAAAACGACUGGGAGUUCCAGCGACUACGCUUUCAUUACUGCGGGCUGAUGGAGGAAAUUUUUGAAGGCAUUAAUCGCACCAAAGACCCCUCUCGGUGGAUACCCUUUGAGUCGAGGAAGUCUGCCUUCUCUCUUAUGGAGGAUUGGUGUGGAUACUCGCCCAACCAGUCUCAAAUUACGCAACGAGAGGAGUCCAUGCGACGGAAUGCCAUUGCACAAAACCAUGAAUCCGGUGAAUUGCGAAACACUGCGGCAGCCAUGGAAAUCGAGAAGAAGAAUCUGCGUGCAGCUGCUCUCAGUGCAAUGGCUUCCUUAUGCGCCGGGCCGAUUAGUAUCACAACUGAGAGUGGCUCGGUAUUACAGUUUGAUGUGGGCCGUAUGCUAUCUUGGAUUGAUAUUAUUUUCAACACAAUCAGUGACAAGUGGCAUGCAAUUGGCCGACGAGCUCUGAAGAACUUGAUUGUUCACAACAAAGAGCAUUCAUACUUAUUAGAGCGGUCAAUCGAGAUGUGCUAUGUCGCAGAGCGACCAAAAGCAUUGGAAAGCUACUUUGAGGUGGUGACUGAAGUACUCAUCGAGCAGACUGAUUAUCCGCUUGGCUUUUGGAGAAUUUUGGGCGCCGUGCUCGUCACUCUUGGUAGUCCAAAGCGGGAGAUUAGAAUGAAGUCCGCUAAGCUUCUUCGCAUCUUGGAGGAGCGGCAACAGAAGAGCUCGCGGCUACAAGACUUCGAUAUCAGCAUCUCCGACAAGACUCCCGCAGUCUAUAAAGUUGCUCAGUUCGAGACUUCCAAACGUUUGGCAAAACUACACUCUGAUUUGGCCUUCACGCUUUUCUCCGAAUUUUCCCUGCACUUCAGAAAUCUGCGACCCGACAGCCAGCGGAAUAUGGUAGCUGCUAUUCUUCCCUGGGUUCAGACAAUGGAGCUCCAAGUGGACCCUAAUGGGGGACCUACGGCGAAGUCUUACAUGCUUCUGGCCAACCUCUUCGAGAUCACCAUUCGGUGCAGCACCAUCCUCCCGAAUGAAGUCCAAGCGCUUUGGCAAGCUCUGGCAACAGGCCCGCAUGGCGGAAAUGUGCAAUUGGUGCUCGACUUCAUCAUCAGUCUCUGCUUGGAACGUAAAGAGCAAAACUUCGUGGAAUAUGCUAAACAGGUGGUUGUGUUUCUAGCAGGUACGCCUGCUGGGUCAAAGGUCAUCGAGUUCUUCCUAUUGCAAGUCAUGCCUAAGCACAUGGUGCAGGAAAGGAAAGACAUCACCCCGGCGCCACCCGAUACCAAAAGUCUUCCUUAUGUCGCUGAUCUCGGAACUGUGCUUCCCGUUGGGAACAAACAAGCCGGUCUUUCUUUAGGCCAGGUUGCGCUUAUCUUCCUUGUGGACUUAAUGGUUGCACCUGUCACACUCGCGAUGGAUGAUGUGGUCAAAUUACUCCACGUUGUCUUGAUCCUCUGGGACCAUUACACGCUAAGUGUGCAGGAACAAGCCAGGGAAAUGUUAGUUCAUCUUAUUCACGAAUUGAUCGCCGCAAAGAUUGAAGACGAUGCACCUGUCGAACGGCGGCAAUCGAUUGAAGACUUCGUGGAAUCGAUCCGCAAGAGCGACCCCAAGGUUGUAUGGGAGUACGAAGACACCAGUGACAAAGAAGAUGAGGAGGAUGGCAGCCGUGUCCCUACGUCAAUGUCUCACGUCACCCGCAAGGUAGCGAGCGUCUUCAGCGUUGAAUAUGAAGGACUCAAUGACCUGUGGGCGAAAGAGGCACUGAAUUGGGCGACAUCCUGCCCAGUACGGCAUCUUGCCUGUCGAUCAUUCCAAGUCUUCCGUUGCAUAUCCAUGUCCCUGGACUCUAGGAUGCUGGCAGACAUGCUCGCGCGCUUGUCGAAUACGAUCGCGGAUGAGGAGUCGGACUACCGAACGUUUUCCAUGGAAAUUCUUACGACCCUCAAGAUUAUCAUUAGCUCGCUGGCACCUACGGACUUGCUGCGGUACCCCCAGCUCUUUUGGACUACGUGCGCCUGCUUGAAUACCAUCCAUGAAACGGAAUUUAUUGAAAGCAUUGGUAUGCUGGAAAAGUUUCUGGACCGUGUCGACAUGAGCGACCCGAUGGUGAUAUCAGAGCUUAUCAAGGGACAGCCGCCAAAGUGGGAAGGUGGCUUUGAUGGUCUUCAGAACCUCAUUUACAAGGGGUUGAAAUCUUCUGAGUCACUCAACCGAACAUUGGACAUCUUGCACCGCCUCAGUGGCCUACCCAACAACGAGCUCAUCGGCGACAGUCACAGGUUGCUUUUUAUGAUAUUAGCGAAUCUGUCGCACUUCCUUCAUCAAUUUGACUCGGAUGUUGACGAUUCCAAGACCUUGGCUCGCGCAACUUUGCUGGCACGUAUGGCUGAAAGUGAGAGAUGCCCACGGCUGGCAGCCUCCCUGCUGGGAUUUGCGAAUGGGCAGUACAAAGCCGAGAACGACUUUUUGAGCCACAUCAUCACGGAGAUCCGGUCCUAUUACUUCCCUCGUCAGGAUGUACAGAGCCUCAUAUUUCUUAUGGGCUUGCUGACCAACACAACAAACUGGUUCCGUGUCAAGAUCAUGAAAAUACUCUGCGUGCUACUCCCCGAGAUGGACAUGCGCCGAGGAGAAGUGACGUGUCAUGGGCCUGAUUUGAUCUCUCCUCUCCUGCGACUAUUGCAAACGGAUCUUUGUCCUCAAGCACUGCAAGUGAUGGACCACAUCAUGACGGUGUCGGCCAACCCCAAUGAGAAACAUCAUAUCCGGAUGAGCAUGGCUUCGUCUUCUUCAUCUCGAGCUAUACGGAAAGAGUAUGAGCGCGUUCAAAGUCUGUACGGCAUCCCAGAGCCAACCGGGUGGUCUAUACCGAUGCCUGCGACCCAAUCCAGCGUCACACGACAUAACGUUCAUGCGGUGUUCUACACCUGCGCUGAGGUAGACCGCAUGGACCCGCAAGAGACACCUCCCUCGGAGGUGGAAUUCCAUGCGGAUGAAUACAACGACACGUUCUUCCCCAUGCGUGCGGACACGAUGAAAUCCAUCGACACACAGACAGACGGCAACAUGGGAGACAUUGUUCAAAAAUUAGACAGCUUGGAUGACUUUUUCGACGAGGCCGAUCCGAUUCACCCGACACUUGACCCCAUCUCGGACCAGGCCUUGCGCGGCUUUACCGGCACUUAUGCAGAUACUAAUGCGAAUCUCUACGAUCAGCAAACCGCGCCGAUCCUCCGCAAGUCUCUCGCCCGGACUGCUUCGACGUCAUCUUUCCACAAUGGGCUUGCCGAGUCCAGGCCGUCGAACCUGCGUCUUGAUGGAACUGGCGCGCCCACGCCAUCCCCGGGGACAUUUACACCUCCAGCACCAGCGCCUAGUCAGAACAUGCGACCCGUGUCUCACACCCGCUCCGUCACCUCUCCAGUGAACCACCUGUUCUCGCAUACGGCCGCCAACCAGUCUUUCAACACGCCAAUUAUCGGGUUCGAGUCAGCGUUCCUGUCGGAUGACGAACUGGAAGACGGUCUUGCAGACAACAAGCCAUCUGCAGUGCCUCACCCUAUCAGCCAAACGCGCAGUGUGACUGACGGCUCCUCAUCACUGGAAUCCAUGAUCCGCAGCGGCAUGCGACGGCUCACCGGCGGCGCUGCCACAAACCGGGAAAAAGAACGUCAACGCGAUCUUAUCCGUGCUCAACAACGUACAAUAGCGCAGACAGCCAGCUCACCACGCGUUCCCAAAGUCCCUGUUGAAUUUCUGGCUAGCAAUCCCAACUCCCCGGGACAGCAGUGAACAUUCUGUUUUCACGUCACCUCACGUCUCUUGGUUGCUCGCUUGAUUCAUUUCGUUUCUUUUCUCUCGUGAUUUUUCCUUCCAUCUUGGUACAUGGUGUGAUGUGGCGUUUAACAUACCCAUUUGUCAAUGCUUUGCUCUGCGAUGUGUUAUUCCAGCGGUUCGCCCACCUAGAUUUUUGUACCUGUACCCAAUUCAAUCAAUUGUAAAUUAAUUACUGAUCUGGAUGAACCCGC